AUGCCCGACCCUGUGGCGUACUCGAGCUACACCGAGUACGCGGCGGCGCUGACGGUGUGGGCUCUGCGGGCCAAGGCUCUGUACGCCCACCACGACCCGAGUGCUCAGCACCUUCCACACGUUCUUGUCACUGCCUCGCCGACAGCCGAACGCCCUGACCCCAUCGGAAUGGCUUCUGAUCUCGCCCGCCUCCGCACCCUCCCGCCCAAGCCGUUGCCAUCGCGCUUCAACUCGUACGAGAGCUAUGUCGCCGCUCUGCGGCAGUGGGCAGACGCCACAGCUGAUGCCGCUCCUGCCGCCGCCAGCUACACAGCCGCGGCCUUUGAUCGGAGCUCUGCCCAGGAUCUUGGCCUUGUUCCGCAGUCGCGAAAGCGUCCGGCGCUGGAGAACGUUCGAGUCUCCGCCGCCGUCCCCGGCUCGCUGCGCGGCUCGGCCGAUGCUACCAUCUCGCCAUUUAUUCACACUAGCGAGAGCUCUGCCAAAACUGCGGCGCAGGCUCGUGGCGAUCCGAUCCGCCCGUUCUCAGAAGCCUCGCUUCUUGCACGUGUCGAACAUGAGCGCCCAUCGUCGGAGCGGGCGUCGGCUGCAGCGCUGCGCGCCAGCGUUCAGUCGCCGGUCGCGCUGGAGCAAGUCGUCGACGUGCUGUUGAUGAGGGCCCGGACCCGUAUGGAUGAGCACGGCAUGUAUCACGCUCCAUUGCACAUCCCGCGCCUGGUCCCCAUCCGCAGUCCGGUCCGCACCAUCCCGGGCAUGCGCUACACCGCCGCCGGCGAGUAUCGCGAGCUGUCGGCGACGCAGACGGCAGCGAUCAAGCGCGCUACGGAAAGGGCGGCAGCCAACGCCGCCGCGCUAACCCGCGGACGGGGCCGGUCCGGUGCGUCGCUGCACACUCUUCCGUCGUCGGCACUGUUUGGCCUCCGAUGGUGGGGCCUCCCGCGAAGCUCUGAUGCGCCAGUUCGCAAGAGCGGCGCUUCGGGCGGCCCUGCUGUCCUCGAGCUGCCGUACGCCAUCGACAAGCUCAACGAGCUGCGCUCGCGGUCGGAGGCCUCACUCUCGGUGGCGCUAUCGUCGUCGGCCAACGAGACCCAUCAGACCGGUCAUCUUCUCCGCGGCCGGGUCUCGCUCACGCAGGAAAAGCUCAUUCUGGUCAGUUCCGAGUCGCGCCAUGCCAUGCUCAACUCGUGGGCGUAUCCAGUCUUCCCGCUUCAGAUCCAAGUUCAUCAAAUGGAGAUUAUGGACUCAGUCUUGCUCAAGACCUCGCCGCCAGACGACUCGACCCUGCUGGAGCUCUUGGCUCUUCCAACACAUCUCGACGUGUUUCUCGAGUUUAUGGCAUCGUCUGCAGCCGACCGCCGCAAGCGGAUGCUCAGGUCGAUGUCCAAGGUUGAAGUAGGCUCGGCCUCGUCGCGUGCAGCCGCUGAGGCUGCCGCACGGAUGAACGGCGACACGACGAUGUCUGCUAGUGGCGACACUCACUGGGUGCGGAUCAUCCACGCGCUCACCACCGACUCGAUUGUCACCCUCCUUCGGGCCUUUGCCGAGUCUGUCUCGCCCCUGCUCCGCGCCAAGAUCGCCACAGUCAUCACCCGAGUGGCCUGCGACGAGGAGCACGGCCACAGUCUGCUCUUUCACAUCCUCGAGCCAAAGAAGCGUGGCCCGUCAAACCUCGACCAGUGGUACUGGCUGGCGGUGACCAUGACAUACCUCAACGGCACAUCUGUUCCGGUGCUGGAGAUCUCCGAGGAAGUUCUAGCGCAUCUCCUCGAGCGGGUGGUCCACGAGUCGGAAGAGCGCAUUGUCCGGCUUGUCCUCGCCGAGUACUAUGUUCGCAAGAUGGAGCAAACCGACGAGUCGGACGGCUUUCUCCCGCUCUCGCGGAAAGUAAGGGAAGGCCUCAACUCGUACAUGUCGCGGUUUAUCUCGUCCAAGCGCACCCUCCUCCCUACACUCAUGCUCAAGGGCCUGGCAUCACGAUCGCGCGAGACGGCACAUCUUGCCUUCUUUGUCCUCAAGCGACUGCUCCUCGCCAACAACAACGUGGCGGUCAUGCGAUUUGUGCUAUCGAAAGACAACGGGCUUCUCGACGCACUCCACGAGCUGGUGGUUACGGCCAAGCGCUCGCAUAAGCUCAAGCUGACACGGAUGCUCGUCGAUCUGCUCCUUGCCAGUGGAUGGGCGCCAGCGCUGGCAGCCUCGUUCUCAGACGAUUUGCUGUGGACGAGCCUGACGUUCAAUCCGAUUGUGGCCGUCCAUCGCCCGGCGAUGCCGGCGGUUCUCGCACACUCGGUCUUUGAUGCUGUCCUCCACACGCCGCACGUGAUCUCGCGGCUGGCGACGCCUGCAUUUUCGCCGUCGCAGCUCGUCUUCUCGCCGGCGCUGCACUCACUCUUCUCCCGGAGCAGCGGGCGGCUCGGCGGGCGCGGCAAACGGUCUGGGCGCAACCGGGCGUCGUCUUCUUCGUCAAGCACCGAGUCGAGCUCGAGCUCUAGCCUGGACCCCGCUCUGAUCUCCGGCUCGAGCUCGGACUCGCAGUCGAUCUCCGAGUCGAUGUCGUCGUCAAGGGGCAUGUCGCCGGCAAAGGCGGCAAAGGCUCGUGCCAAAGCUGCCAAGGCCCGCGCCAAGGCAAAGGCCAAGGCCCGCGCCAAAGCCGCCAAAGCUGCCAAAGCCAAAGCCAAGGCCAAGGCUAAAGCCAAGGCUAAAGCCAAGGCUGCCAAGGCCAAAGCCAAGGCCAAGGCCAAGGCUAUCAACGGCGGAACAUCGUCUUCUCUUGUUGCCCCUUCGCUCAAGCUCAAGUUUGCCUGGCUCCUCGGCCCGGUAUUUGGCCGCAUGCUGCGCGGGGUGGUGCUCUCGCUUGGGCGCGAGACACAGGCGUCGAUCAACCUCUCGGCUUUUCUGGUCAAGGUCACAUACGCGGCGGCGCAGCACGGGAUGAUUGCGCUUGGUGACGCCGGUGGAUCAGCUCGCGGAUCGGCGCGCGACGGCGUCCUUGUAGUCACCCCGACCGAAGUGCUUGUCGUGUCGGAAUUUAUCACCAAAUCGCUGCGGACGUCGAAGCGGCAGGACCCGCCACGGAUCAACGAGCUUGUCCGCGGAAACAUGAUGAUGUGUCUGCAAGGCUUCCUCACCUGCCCGGGCAUAUUUGAGCUCCUGACGACGUCCAAGGUCUUUUUCCAGCGACUGUACACAUGGUGCGCAGCAAGCUCCUCGCUGACGGCCUCGCUCGGAUGGGCGAUGCUGGCGGAGAUUGCGACCCGUGACGAGUGCCGGGUUCUCGGAGCGUUGGUGGGCAACGGGACGCUGGUGGCGUUUCUGGACCUGCUUGGCCCCGACUCGCCGACUGCGGUCGUUGUCGGGUGUCUUGACCUCCUCGAGGUGCUCCUUGUCGACGCCAACGGUGUCGGCUCGGGUUCACUCAUCACCGGCCACAUCACGGCGUCGGGCUACUUUGGGGCGGGCGCGGCAGGGCCGUACCUACUGGCGGGUCCACGCUUUCUUUGA